CAGUUUUCUUUCGUCAUUCCGUCUGCAGCAUAAUAGCUGUGGUACACUGCACAGUGGCACUCCUGUGCUACAAUCUUCUAAUCUAAAUCAUGAAGCGCGGCAACCUGUAAUCCGUGUUUUUCCAGCUCCAACUCAAACUCGUGACUUCCCACCCGUGAACUCGAACUAAAUCGAUGCACUCCCAGUUCUUGACGUCACAUAGCCCGCGAAACAACAAUGGCAGCCCGUAUGAGGUGUUUAUGCAAGUGGUACACGGAUUGUUCACGAUAAUUGGGGCCGCAGUUGGGGCAGUUGGUACAGUUGCAUUGGCUCCAAUGGCGCUCACCAUGGCUGGAUUCACCUCCGCUGGUAUAGCAGCAGGUUCUAUGGCUGCCAGCAUGAUGUCAUCAGCAGCCAUCGCCAACGGGGGCGGUGUGGCUGCAGGAAGUUUGGUCGCGCUCCUCCAGUCAGCAGGUGCUGCUGGACUGUCUGCAGGUGCGGCAGCAGUCGUGGCAUCUGUGGGUGCAGCAGCAGGUGCUGUAGUAGGUGGAGCUGCAGAUUUGCUUUCUCGUUCCAAGAGUCCAUCUGAGGUGAUGAAGAGAAGGAAGACGAUGAAGAUAAGGAAGAUGAUGGCAAUGAAGAGAAGGAACAUGAUGAAGAGAAGCAACAUAAUGAUAAGGAAGAAGAUGAUGAAGAGUAUUGUGGUUUCUGCUGUUGUAAACAAAAUAAUCACAAAAAUGCAUAAAAAAUAUCACAAAAAUGCAACACUGAAAAUUUUUAAUGCACUUAACCCCUAGACCUAUAGGUCACCUGACAUUCAGUUCAGUUGACUGAACAACUCACUGCGUGAUAAAGCCUAUAGAUUGCAGUUAGAAUGUCCAUAAAAUGCAAGAUAUGAAAGGUGAAAGGUGAUUGAUCUGAACCCUUUGAAGCAUAUGACAACACCGAUAAGAUCAGAAUGUUCACUGCUAAAUUCAAAUGUGCUUUGGUAGAGAUGGAUGCGCUCAGUGCUUUUCAUAUUUUCACAACUAUUCAGUGUUUUCAACCACAUUUAUUUCAAGUUUAUUUCAAGUUUCAGACAUUUAAAUAGACAUUAAAGGUGCAGGCCAUAAUUUUGCCUCUUUGAUGCCAUCUCUGUUUGAAACCUGCAAUUGCAGUUGUUUGCAGAAUUAUUAUCUUUCCUUGCGUUGUGCAUCAGCACGGCUCCUCAGAGCAGAAUCAAAUGUUUGUGUCUAUGUGUAGUGUGUAUUAGCGUUACCAAUAGAUUUCAAUUACUGUACAGUCUAAUCUCUAACGUUAAAUUGUCAUACCAUAGGCUACAAUCCGGCAUCAAAAUUAUGAGUUUAAUUAUUCCAGCAGCUCUGAGAAAAGGCUAUAAAUGAUCCACCUCACAUGCGAUAUAGCCCACUAUGUAAACAGAUGUGACAUAAUGACGCAAAAGACAAAUUCUCGAAUUUCCCACGGAAACCCACCGGUACCACUGGAAUUAUAAAACAUUAUUACAAGCUUAUCGUUGUGAAUCGGGCUAAGGUAAAGAGAUAGUUUUGAAAACUGGCUGGUUAUGUAGCCUACUUGCUCAGAAAUUGAUUUUGGAUCACUUUUAACCAAAAAAAGUUAUGGACAGCAGCUUUAAAUAGGCUACUAGCCAAAAAUACAUUUUGUUAAAUACACACUGAUAGCUAUUUAUGGAAAGCGAUAAUAAUAGGCUAAUUUUUUCUUCAAUUAAAAUCUAACAAUGUUUUAUCAGAUAAACAUUCACCGGCCCCUUUUAUGUAUUACGGGAGAAAUUGGUGAAUUUACGCUUUAAUCCAACAGAUCCAAUUCUCUGAACUGCGGUGGCAGCACAAAUUACAUGAUUUAAACAACAAAACAAUAUAAUUCGGACGAAUUCGUAUGUAGGCUAUUUUACGAGUUGCCAAAUUCAUAAGAAUUCUUACGAUGACCUACCUCUAACCAUGCCCCUAAACCUACCCAUCACUGAGGUUUUGACAAAUCAUAUGAAUUCAUACGAGUGAUGUCGUUUGAAUUUGUAUGAAUUAGCCACCUCGUAAAAUAGCCUUGGUCGUAGUUUAGUGGAGAGAUUCGUGCUGCACAUUACACUGAUGCGCACUCAACAUGCGUCGUUAUAAAAUGCCAUUGUAACUGCCUCAAGUGAACUAUAAAAAUGUAAAGCCAUGUCUGAAAGCUGCAGUCUGCUCAGCGCCUAUUUAGCCUGUUCAUGAUAGGCUAGUUUACAAAUUUGUGAAUAUUUUGAA